AUGGCAGCUGACUCCGCAGCUGGAUUACCGCUAGUGGCGCAAACGAUCACAAGACUCGAAGCUUUGCUACAGCGAGCCCGGACCUUGAAGCGUGAGGCUGCUAUAGAGCCGCCAUUAUCGACAGCAGAUUUGGUGCUGGAUGUGGAUGCCCUCGGUCAUACUAUCGACGAGCGAUAUGAGCAGAGCUAUCGCUUCAGCGUGGUAGAAGCAGCAGCGAGGCGGAUUUUCUACAGCCUCAUCUACGAAACCGUCACCGAGGAUCCGAAUUUCGUUCAAGUAUGGAACCUGUUAGAUAUUUUACUGGUUUGUAGUGACAAAGGGCUGUGCACGCCUGAGUUAGUGCCAUGGCUGAUCGAAGAGCUGCUGGACAGCCAAACAACGACUGGCUGUCGGACUGUCUUCGAUUAUCUAGGGUCUCGACGUGAGCGGCUCGCAGCCAAGGAUUUCAACAAGAAGCACUUGGUGUGCUUGCGUUUCUGUAAUGAGCUACUACGCCGGUUGAGUAGAGCUGAAGAUGCCAUGUUCUGUGGCCGAGUAUUCUUCUUCCUCUUCCAGACCUUCCCGCUAGGUGACAAGAGUUCUGUCAAUCUACGUGGCGAAUUUCACAUCGAGAACACGACCAAGUUUGAAGAAGCCGAUGGCGAAGCCAUGGACGUGGAUGACAGGGCACUCGAAGGCGAUAAAGCUAUGGCCUCAAUCAAGGCUGAGACUCCACAGCCUCCGACCAAGCCGGGUGGCAAGGCCACACCAGCGAGGGUGGCACCAAAGAAGGUGCCUGAAGAAAUUGUGCUGUCCAACAACAAACUGUACCCAAUCUUCUGGCGUCUACAAGCUGACUUCUCCGAUCCAAUCCGUUUGUUUACAAAGGAGAACUUCGAGACAUUCAAAAGCAGUUUGGGUCACACUCUGAUCAAAUUCAAGAAAACGCCCACAGUGGUCCAAACCAAAGCAGCUGGAGACGACACUUCUAAUCGGGGUUUGAAGCGUAAACAUGGCGACGAAGAAGGCGCGGAUACUGCCGGCAACAACGAUCUGGCAGCCAACUACAACCCGAAAUACCUCACAAGUAGGGACCUCUUCGACCUUGAGCUCAGCGAUCUGGCCUUUCAAAGACAUAUUCUCCUGCAAUCGCUCAUCCUCAUCUCUUUCCUCCUAUCACUCACUGCGCCCGCCAAAACCAGAUUGGCAUCCACACUGGAGACUACCAAUAAGUCGAUGAUCUAUCCUCUGACACUAAGCCCAGAGGACACUAAAUGGUGUCAGGAUACUCGCAAUGCCAUCACAGACUUCCUACGACAAGUGCCAACCUUGGAAGAGGGCAGAUUCUACCACCGCAUGGUCGAGACGGUCUUAGCGCGCGAUAGAAACUGGGUCAGAUGGAAAGGUGAAGGAUGCCCGAGUAUCGUGCGCGAGUCUGUCGGUAUAGAAAGUGUGCAGGAAGCCGGAAAGGGUGCGAGAGAUGCCACGCGACUUCGACGCGUGCCUGAACGUGCUGGAGGCGCACUGGAUCUUGGUUUCUUGGUCGAGGGUGGCGGUCUCGAUGCUCUUCGUAACCCGGCGCGUUUCGCUGCGCCGAGCGUAGAAGAGCUGGUAGAGGGCGUCAAAGGCGAGGAGCUGGACCUGGAGAUGGCAAUGGAUGAAGCCGAGCAAGAGGGGUUGAAGAAUGCUAUAGGAAGCAAGACUUGGCGUGCGCUGAGACAAGUUAGAGAAACGCAACUGGGCAUGCUUAGAAGAGUGGAGGUUAAUGGUGACCUGGAGGUGGUUCUUGGUAAAAUGGCGAGGCCAGACGAAGGGGUCAUGAAUGACGUCCAUGAAGAGGGCGAAGAAGCUGCUGCUCUGGAUAUUGGUGACGUCGUUGCCGAUGGCCCCGAUCAUACUGGCGAGGAACUGAAGAUGGAGGACGUGGACGAGCAGGUGGAUCCGGCAAGUAAGGCAAUGCCGCUGCCAGCCACGGACAUGCAAACAGAAGCCGCGAAGGUAAUCAACAUGGUCGACGCGGAUGAGAAGUCUGGUGUAGCUGCAGAUGCUGAAGAUGGCAUCGCUUGA